AUGAGUGAGUCACUUCCAGUCCGAGAACGCAUUUUCCGAGAAAUCGUCAACCAAGCCAAUUCAAACAAUCUUGAACAAAUGCGAGAGUACCAGCUUCUUCUUGAAUACAGAAGUUUACAGUCUUACGCUCCUCAAGGAGUUUAUGUUCUUCCUAAAAUCCAAGACGUCCAUACCUGGUUCGGAAUUUUAUUCAUAAAGAAAGGCCACUAUAGAGGCGCGAUAUUAAAAUUCAGAAUUGAACUUCCUCAAGACUAUCCUAAUUCAGGACCUCAGGCUUACUUUUCACCUCAUGUUUUUCACCCACUCAUAAAUUACGAGACUGGACAAGUCAACCUUUCUCCACGAUUUCCUGUGUGGAGGCCAAGGAAAGAUUUUAUAUUUUUAGUCCUGGAUUAUUUAAAGAAGAUUUUCUAUACACACAACCUGUGGAGUGAUUCACGAUAUGCUCUCAACCAAAGAGCUCAUGAAUUAUUCACCCAAGAUGAAGAACAAUUCCAAAAAGAAGUAUAUGUGACUGUCAGUGAGUCAGCCAGCAGUCUGUCAGAAAACCCAGCGGAAUCGCCAAUAAAAUUUGUCCAAUACAACUCAUUUCACCAAAAAGUGCUAGAUCAGAUCAAAAACAGGGACCCGGAUGCAACAGAAUCAGACCAAUGUGAGAAUUUUAUGAAAUGGUUUAAAAAAACGUUUAUUUAA